GCGACAAUUAUUUUCAAGAGAGGUUCAUGAAUUCAUCGUACUAGGGUCUAGGGCAGGCAGCAAGAAAGGAAAAGGUUGGCGUGUAAGAAAGAAGCUUGAAAUCAAACGGCUUAGUCUGAUCAAGCAUCCCCCAUUUCCUCGCCAAGAACGACAAUUGUAGUUGCCGUCAUGCCGUGCACACAAAUAGGAAGCUACUUAGCACUAAUAGUUAUAAUUAAUUAAAUACAAAUAAAAGAAACAGACAGAGAGAGAAGAGAAGAAUCGUUGGUUGCCAAGGAAAGCAUCUUUGAGAAACGAACAGAAUGAUGAUCGACUAAAUGGGACCUUCACUUCCACUUCCACUCGCUGUGUUCAAAUGGCUUUAGCAACAACAAUCACCAACCAUGAACCUCUGCCUCACGCUCACUCUCGGAUCUCAGUCGCAGAUCCACCUUCAGCGUUCUCAUGGACCCAUCUACUUUUCGUCCAGCUGUAGUCAUCGAUAAUGGCUCCGGGUAUACGAAGAUGGGGUUUGCUGGUAAUGUUGAGCCGUGUUUUAUUGCUCCGACAGUUGUUGCAGUUAAUGAGUCGUUUCUGAAUCAAUCGAGGGGCUCUUCUAAAGGCAAUUGGGUGGCCCAGCACAAUGCUGGAAUUAUGGCGGAUCUUGAUUUCUUCAUUGGGGAUGAAGCACUUACCAAGUCUCGAUCUAGUAGCACUUACAAUCUCAGCUACCCGAUUCAGCAUGGCCAGGUUGAGAAUUGGGAUGCCAUGGAGCGCUUCUGGCAGCAGUGCAUUUUCAAUUAUUUGAGCUGUGAUCCGGAGGAUCACUAUUUCCUCUUGACCGAGAGUCCAUUGACUCCGCCUGAGAGUCGCGAGUAUACUGGGGAGAUCAUGUUUGAGACUUUUAAUGUGCCUGGACUUUACAUUGGUGUGAAUUCUGUGCUUGCUCUUGCAGCUGGAUACACAACAUCCAAGGUUGGUAAUCGUUACACCCGAAAAAGAUUGGGAAUUAUGUUGAAUAUAGAAUUGGAAUUGGAUGAUUAAUCUUGAAUGCUUUACAUAUUUAGUAUGGCCUCAGCAGCAACAAGUUUGGUAGCUACCUAAACACAAAAUGCACUGGAUGUUUCAUCAGCCCCUGCAAUUUGACACAUUUGGAUGCUUUCACUUGAAACCAAAAGUGAACCGUACUGUAGAAUAUGAAUGAACUGUUGAGGUGCUUUCACUUGGAUGAUUAAUUUUUUGUUUUUUUUAACUAAAAAUAAGUAAUUGCCUAGUUGAGCUGAUCAACAUCAUGAAAGUAACAAGAACAAACAUAUCUGUUUAACUUCCACCAUUGCAAAAGGUAGUUAGUUAUUGAUUCUCCUGUUUACA